GUUAAGUUGAUUCGCAACCUGCCAGUGACCCACCCAGAAGAAGAAGCUGUUCUGAAGCGAAAUAGAGCUGGACGGUGAUGAGGAUUGGUUUACUGUUCAAAUUCAUACAGCGAUUAUGAUUUACGUCUGCAGUGAAACCAUAGAAGUUCAUCGGUAAAGGCAGGAAUUUUCCCACCUUUUUACGAGUGAAUAAACCACUCGGAUGUGCUGUGAAGAAGAAAUAAGUCCAGGUCAACAAAUAUUGAGGAUAUACAAUUACAAACAUGGAAAUGAAGGUUGUCAAAGAGGAGAGUGACAACAUGAGUGAGCCAUGCAAAGAGGAACAAAGAGACCUGGUGGAAGUCAAAGAAGAAAGUGAAGAGCUGAGUGAAGUGGAGAAACAUGGAUUUGUCACUGGAGAGCAUUCUUCUAAUAGCUCACAGAUAGAAAAGCCUGGAGAUGUUUUCACCUGCCCUCAAUGUGGAAAGAGUUUCAAAGUAAAAGGAAACCUUAAAGCUCACAUGAGAGUUCACACCGGAGAGAAGCCGUUCAAAUGCCCUCGUUGUGGUAAGGGUUUCAAACAUAAAGGACACGUUCGCACUCACAUUAGAAUUCACACCGGAGAGAUGCCUUUCAAAUGCCAUCAAUGUGGGAAGAGCUUCAACGAAAGAGGAAACCUUAAGGCUCACAUGAGAGUUCACACUCGAGAGAAACCUUUCAAAUGUGAGCAGUGUGGAAAAACAUUCACAACUAACAAGGGCCUUAAGACACACAAAAAAAACUACACUGGUGAACGUGAAAGGCCGUAUAGCUGCCGUCAAUGUGGAAAGAGUUUCUCAAUAAAAAUAAACCUUAAAAAUCACAUACUAAUUCACACUGGAGAGAGAGCUUUCACAUGUCAUGAGUGUGGAAAGAGUGUCAAAAGAAAAGGAGAACUUCAGGGACACAUAAGAAUUCAUUCUUCUGAGAGACCUUACACAUGCAGUCAGUGUGGAAAGACUUUCAGAUGGGCAAAGACUUUCAAAAAUCACAUGGUCUCUCACGCUGGAGAGAGUCAGUUUAACUGUGAUCAGUGUGGCGAAAAAUUUAGUCUGGCAGAAAACUUACAGACACACCUGAAAAUUCAUGCAAAUGAGAGGCCUUACUUGUGUUCCUUCUGUGGAAUGAGAUUUCCACGGCUGGACUAUUUGAAAGAGCACCAGAAACUACAUUCAGGUGUGAACGCUCACGUGUGCUCUGAGUGUGGGAAUAUCUUCGCUAGUACCACCUGUCUGAAAGAGCACAGAAAAAUCCACAUAGGAGAGAAACCUCACAAGUCAGGAGAAAAACCUCACAAGUGUUCACAAUGUGGGAAGAGUUUCUCUCAGUCAGCACACCUGAAGACACAUGAGCGAGUGCACACAGGAGAGAAGCCGUACCAAUGCCCUCUAUGUGGGAAGAGUUUCAGCACAUCGAGUGCUCGACUGAGACAUAGCACAAAUAACUGUCCAAAGCUGUCAACGUGAGCACGCUUCAUUUUCAAGUCUGAAGUUUGUCAGUGCAGAGGUUUAAAUUCAGAUAAACUGCUCCUAAAUAAUAGAGAGUUAAUGCAAGCAUUGAAGUUUUUGAGCAUUCAAAAUUAUUUUGUUUCUGUUGAAGGGAUAUGCACAAAGAAAUGAAAAGUGAUCAUUCCAACGCAAAAAGAGUUCUGUGCCCUGUUCAAAGCUUGACCAACAUCCAUUACAGUGUGCAUUUUACAGUCAUUCCUUUAUACCAGCUGAAGUGGUUCCCCACAUAAAACUGAAUUGGUUGGAACAUUUUGUGUCUUGAUCAGAAAAUCUGAGACUAUUUCACAGAUUGAGGUUCUGCAGUAAACAGCACAGUGAAUCAAUGAUCUGGUCGUAGUCGCUUUGAAAAAAUGUGCUUAACAGAUUAGUUCACUUUCAAAUGAAAAUAUAUAUAUUAUAUUAUUUGAAAAUAUAUAUAUUAAUAAAUAUCUGCACGCAUCCAAGCUUUAUAAUGGCAGUGAACAAGACGAGUAUGCGCUGAAGAAAGUGCCUCCAUCAACAUCCAUCCAUCAUACACGGCUCCGGGGGGUUAAUAAAGGCCUUCUGAAGCAAAGUGAUGCAUUUGUAAAACAAAAAAUCCAUAUUUAACAAGUUAUAAAGUGUAAUAUCUAGCUUCUGCCAGACAACCUUCCGUAUUUAACUUACGAAGAAAGUUGAACUGGAGUCACAUCAGUUAAGCUUUUUCCGUAAGUUGAAUAGGGAAGGCGUAGGAUGUAGCACAAGCUUUUUGAACUGCGAGAGGCGUUACACUUUCUUCGUAAGUUGAAUACGGAAGGCGGUAUGGCGGAAGCUAGAUACUUCACUUAAUAACUUGUUAAAUAUGGAUAUUUUUCUUACACAAACCCCCCGGAGCCGUGUGGAGUACGUUUAUGAUGGAUGGAUGUGGAUAGAAGCACUUCUUUCUUCUCAUAUUUGUUGAUCCCGUUCAUUGCCAUUAUAAAGCUUGGAUGCAUCAGGAUAUUUAUUAAUAUAUCUAGAUUGUGUUCAUCAGAAGGAAGAAAGUCAUAUACACCUAGGAUGGUUUGAGGAUGAGUAAAGCGGUAAUUUUCAUUUAAAAGUGAACUAAUCCUUUAAUGCAAAAACACAAAUUUAGCUCUGUUUACAGUCAGAAUAUGCACCUCAUGCAGUUUGCAUAUGUAUUAUAGAUAUGUCCUUAGACAUUCAAUGGAUGGAUAAAAAUGAUGAAAUAUUAUUAAAAAAUAUGUUCAUUUGUGUUCUGAA